AUGGUAGAACCAGGAGUAGCUCCCCCAAUCCGGAGGAGCAAACCAGAUUCCUACGCCGAUACCCCCUUCGUGGAGGAAAUCGCCUCAGUCGAGAUGCCUAGAAAGUUUUCCUUCCCCAGCAUCAAGAUGUAUGACGGUACUGGCGACCCCGACGAUCACAUCGCGCAGUACAAGCAAAGGAUGUUGGCAGUUGUACACCUUAAGGAGUUCCGCGAAGCCAUGAUGUGCAAAGGUUUUGGUACCACUCUGAUCGGACCUACCUUGCAAUGGUACAUCAAUCAUGAGUGGAACCCCUGCGAGACUACAUCAAUCUACAUAGCCCGCUUCAACCAGGAGAAAGUGGCGGUCCCCAAAUGCAUCAUCCCUACUGCGAUCUCUGCCUUCAAGAGAGGUCUACUUCCAGAUGGGGGGGGGGGGGCUAUACAAAGAGCUGACCAUGUAUCCUUGCAAGACCGUGGAAGAUGUGUUGUCCCAAGCCUGGCGCAGGUGAAGUGGGAGGAAGAUGUUGCUAGCCAUGCCAAGGCUCAGCCAAAGCAGGACCAAAGGUCAGCCCGAUCAGAUCGAGGAGACCGAGAUGAAAGAUCCUCCCAAAAAGGAUCCAAGGACUCUGGUAGUAGAAACAGGGGCAGGUUCCAGUACCGGCCGCAAGAGAAGGAAAAAGGGAUCUCGGUAUCUACCUGGCCCGAUAUCUCCCAUCUCUCAAUAUCAACACCAGAGCUAGUCAACGCACUGAGACAGAUGGGCCAACGGGUUAAGUGGCCUCCAAAGAUGAAAGCACCUGACUCGUUCCAGAACCUGAAACUCUGGUGGGACUUCCAUCGCGAUCAUAGCCACAAAACCGAAGACUGCAUCGCCCUGAGGAUCGAGGUCAACGAACUACUCCAAAAGGGGCAUCUUCGAGAAUUCCUCUCAGAGAAAGCCAAGGCCCACCUCAGCAAAGAGACAGCAGGGAAAUCCAAAAAAGCUGCACCAGCCUCACCACCUCUCCAAAAUCGGGUGAUCCAUGUCAUAUCCAGAAGCUCAGAAGUAAGCGGAGCGAGCCACGCAGCCGCAAAGUAA